AUGUCGUUUCCACGCGAUAAACCGUUUCUGGUCGAUAUUUUUAAGUCAGAUGCAAGAGGAAAUCCUUUCGAAAGAUUGGAUACAAUCCAGGAGACUUAUCGAGGAAAUACAAGGAAAACCAGCAGCUUGGGGCUGCCAAGUAUUGAUUCUGCUUACGGCGACUCGGAUAGUUUGUCCCCUGUUUCUAACAGUAACAGUCAUGAAGACGAAAAAAGUGUUUCGACUUCGGAAUUUUCGUUCGACGACUUGGAUGAAUUUCGCAGCGAUGCAAAACUGUCUUCUAAUAAACGGGCAGACAAUUAUAUGCUUUCUAAAAAAGACAUGCAAGAAAUUGAGGAUCGAGUCGAAGAAAAUCUAAGAGAAGAUUUCAAAAAGAUUUGGCACAAUGCCAGGUUAAAAGAGUUACAAAUAAAAAAGAAAUUCACUAAGGUUAUUGACAAUGCUCGCGACAUGCUGAUAGAAGCUCGAGUGCACGCAGAGAAAGAGGCUGUUAACAAGUUGGAAGAAAGAGCAGAAGAAAAACAGAGCGAGAUAAUGAAGAAUAGAUCUUUGAGGAAAUGGCAAAUCUUGAACAAAAAGAACAAAAAAGAGGGGAAUGAAAUUCCAGAGCACAACUUUGGAGGUGGUGAUGAAUGGGUGAGACAACAAGUCGAGGAAAUGGCUGCCUUGAGAAAAAUCCAAUCAGAUUUAGAUCGAGCUCGGGCAAGACGAAAGAGUUCGACUGGACUCAUCUCUAUCCUGAAGGCAAAGAAAGCAGGAAAAAUAAAGCAGAUGAUGCAAACAGAGAUGCGUAAACUUGAGAGGAUCGACGAAAUCCAGAACCUGAUUCAAGACCUGGUUGAUCUUGGGUUAAAUGAGCAGGCUGAUUCUUUACGUGGGUCAAUUCAGUCGAAAGAAAAAGCUGACAUUACACUACGCCAUCAGCUCAAGGAAGAAAGAAAUAAAGCACGCGUUGAGGCUUUAAAGACAAAGGAAGAGGAGGUGGAGAAGUUACGCAAAAAAAGGAUCGCUGAGGUGGAGAGACUGGAACAAGAAAGAGAGGCGAGAGAAGAGCGAGAAAGACGUAGGCGAGUGAUGGCGGCACUGGCAAGAAAAGCUCAUAAUCAAGCGCUCAGGCGAAGUUUUGAUCAAACUAAACUGACCUCACGAAUUUCAAGAGCGCACACUUUCUCUUUUUUUCCUCCUCCCAUACGAAAAUAGUAACUACAUGAGUUACCAUGAGCCGUCUGAUAAUGAAUAAAUUACGGAAUGAU